AUGGUUGACAAGAGCUUGCUACACUGUCGUAAAAACGCUAAUAACACGAUGGUAGUCCAAAAAAAGUAUGCACAUACCGGCUCGGACGUCGCCCGGGUGAACAAGGUCCACGCUGCAGUUUUGGGGACUAGAGGCUGCAAUGUAAAAUAUGCUACUGAGUCCCAGAAAGAUAGACUGAAGAUGGGGUUGACAAGGUGGAGAAAUGGAAGGUGGGAAGAUAUUAUGGUCUGGAACAUAGAGGGAGCACGUCUAUGGAGUUGGAAUGGUUAUUGGCGAAAAAGCAAAAAAGCACUGUUGGAGUACAAUCCAGUGAAUGAAAGAAUGAUGUAUGCGAGGUUUAAGGGAUACCCGAGAGACAUUGAUGUGGUAGUGAUCUAUGCUCCAACAAUGGAUCACUCGUAUGCAGAAAUCGAGGCAUUCUACGAUCAACUGAAGCAAACAUUGAAUGUACUGCCAAAGAAAGAUGUUAAGAUAAUCACCGGAGAUUGGAACGCAAAGAUCGGAAGAGACAAUAUUGGUUUUGAAGAAGUCAUGGGAAAAUACGGUAUAGGAAACAGAAAUAAUAGAGGAGAAAGACUGCUGGAAUUUGCAAAGGACCAAAAAAUGUAUAUAACAAAUACAAAAACACAAAAUACAAAAAAAUGGACAUGGGAAUCACCAGAUGGAAAAACAACGAACAUGAUAGAUUUGAUUUUGAUAGGACAGAAAUGGUUGAAAUUUGUAACUCAGUGCCGUGCUUUUCCAAACUGGACACUGGGCGCAAUAAUUUAUGAACUUAAAUUAUUUACAAAAUGCCAUUAUGGAAUUUCUUAUUUAACUAACGACGAGAACAAGCUUGCAGCAUCAAUCAACGUUGUAGUACUGAUUUUAUUUUUUACCUUUCAAGCUCAGUCGUUUGAUUGA